AUGUCUUCCUCUCGAGAAGAGGAAGAAAAACCCCACAAGGAAUUGGCUCCAGAAACCGAAUAUGAAGAAGGGAAUUCUGAAACUACCUACGAGCCAAUUGGCUUAAUCGAGCCCAGUGAAGUCGAUACCCUUACCCGUAUAGCAACCCAGCAGUCUCGACGACAAUCUACCGCCGGACCUGCCCACCGUCUAGCCUCACUCGCAGAAUCAGAUCCCACCCUGAACCCUCAAUCUGGGAAAUUCGACCUGCGAAAAUGGAUCAUCGCUGCCAUGCGAGAUGUGGGCCGAGAACGAAGCCAAAAGAUGGGUGUUGUGUUCAAGGAUCUUAACAUCUAUGGAUCUGGCUCGGAGCUGCAGUUCCAGGACACCGUCUCUUCAAUGUUAACAGCGCCUCUUCGGAUUGGAGAGGCCUUCCGCAAAUCUCCAAAAAAGCGCAUCCUCAAGGACUUCAAUGGAAUUCUCAAGAGUGGGGAGCUGUUGCUUGUGCUCGGUCGCCCUGGAGCAGGCUGUAGUACUAUGCUGAAGUCGAUCAUGGGUGAGCUGCAUGGAUUGGAAAUGGGAGAAGGUAGUGUUAUCAAUUACAACGGUAUUCCUCAGCGCCGCAUGAUAAAGGAGUUCAAGGGUGAAAUGGUCUAUAAUCAAGAAGUCGAUCGCCAUUUCCCUCACCUUACUGUCGGUCAGACCCUAGAGCACGCCGCUGCGACACGAACCCCGUCCCACCGAUUCCAAGGAAUGAGCCGCGGCGAAUUCGCAAAAUAUAUGGCGCAGAUCGUCAUGGCAGUCUUCGGUCUGAGCCACACUUAUAAUACUCGUGUGGGAGAUGACUUUAUCCGUGGUGUUUCCGGUGGAGAGCGGAAGCGUGUCAGUAUUGCCGAAAUGGCACUCUCUUCAUCGCCUUUAGCUGCCUGGGACAAUUCAACGCGUGGAUUGGAUUCAGCGACAGCCUUGAAGUUUGUCGAAUCUCUUCGUUUACUGUCAGACCUUACUGGUUCUGCCCAUGCUGUGGCAGCCUACCAGGCAAGCCAGAGCAUCUAUGACCGCUUCGACAAAGUUGUCGUUCUUUACGGGGGUCAUCAAGUCUUCUUCGGACCGGCGAACGACGCUAAGGAGUACUUUGAAAAGCAGGGAUGGUAUUGCCCUCCCAGACAAACUACCGGUGACUUUCUGACCUCGAUCACCAACCCCGACGAGCGUCAAGCGAAGCCUGGUAUGGAGUCUCAAGUUCCUCGUACCCCUGAGGAGUUCGAGGCUGCCUGGCUUAAGUCUUCAGAGUACAAGCAGCUUCGAUCUGAAAUUAAUGCAUAUGAAGAGGAAUACCCCACGACGGACGAUGCCGAGGCUGUUGUUGCGUUCCAGGAAAAGAAGCGUGGCAACCAAGCCAAGCACACUCGUCCCACGUCUCCAUAUAUCAUCAGCAUCCCAAUGCAGAUCAAACUCAACACUACCCGUGCCUACCAACGGUUAUGGAACGAUGCAGCUUCGACGGUGUCCACCGUGGUCAGUAACAUCAUCAUGGCUCUCAUUAUUGGUUCUACCUUCUAUGACUCUCCCGACGCUACUGCUGGCUUCACUUCAAAAAGUGCAGCGCUUUUUUUCGCAGUCCUUCUUAACGCCUUGACCGCUAUGUCUGAAAUCAACGCUCUUUAUGCACAGCGACCGAUUAUCGAAAAGCAUAAUUCAUACGCCUUUUAUCAUCCGUUCACCGAGGCUAUUGCUGGUGUUAUUGCAGACAUUCCAGUGAAGUUUGCUCUCGCAGUCUGUUUCAACAUCAUCCUUUACUUCCUCGUCGGUCUCCAAAGGAAGCCGGGUAACUUCUUCCUCUACUUCCUAGUCACAUUCAUAAUUACCUUUGUCAUGAGUGCGGUUUUCCGGACAUUAGCAGCUAUCACGAAGACGGUUUCUCAAGCAAUGGGAUUGGCAGGUGUUAUGAUUCUAGCCCUUGUCGUGUACACAGGCUUCGUGCUACCAGUUCCGUCCAUGCACCCUUGGUUCGAGUGGAUUCACUACCUCAACCCGAUUUAUUACGCGUUCGAGAUUUUGAUUGCGAACGAGUUCCACGGGCGCGAUUUCCCUUGCUCGUCCUUCGUCCCGUCUUACGCUGACUUUUCCGGCGACGCAUUUUCUUGCAGUAUAGCUGGAUCAGUAGCAGGUGAUCUGACUGUGAACGGCGAUCGCUAUAUCUGGCUGAACUACCGAUACAAAUUCUCUCAUGUUUGGAGGAACUUUGGAAUUAUGUGUGCCUUUUUGGUUGGCUUCAUGGCCAUCUACUUCAUCGCCUGUGAGCUUAAUUCAUCUACUACUAGUACCGCUGAGGCUCUGGUGUUCCGUCGAGGCCACGAGCCUGCUCAUCUGCGCCGCGGUUACAAAAAAAGCAAGUCCGAUGUCGAGGCCCCUAAUGGGGUCGCCGUGGAAAAGACUUCUGGGGAAGGUGGCGCUCAGGAAAUGGGAGCUAUCCAGCCUCAGACUGAUAUCUUUACAUGGAGGGAUGUGUGCUACGAUAUUGAAAUCAAGGGCGAACCCCGCCGGCUUUUGGACAAUGUUGCCGGUUGGGUCAAGCCAGGAACUCUGACUGCUCUCAUGGGUGUCAGUGGCGCUGGUAAGACCACUCUUUUGGAUGUGCUGGCUCACCGAACUUCGGUUGGUGUUGUGACCGGUGACAUGCUUGUCAAUGGUCGCGGACUGGAUCAAAGUUUCCAACGCAAGACUGGCUACGUUCAGCAACAAGAUCUUCAUCUUGAGACUGCUACCGUUCGCGAGUCCUUGCGUUUCAGUGCUCUUUUGCGUCAACCGGCUAGCGUCUCCGUUCAGGAGAAGUACGACUAUGUCGAAGAUGUCAUCCGCAUGCUCCGUAUGGAAGAAUUUGCCGAAGCUAUUGUCGGUGUCCCUGGUGAGGGACUGAACGUUGAGCAGCGUAAGCUUCUGACUAUUGGUGUCGAGCUGGCUGCUAAACCAAAACUUUUGCUUUUCCUUGAUGAGCCCACUAGUGGUCUUGAUUCACAGAGCUCUUGGUCCAUCGUUUCCUUCCUUCGUCGUCUCUCCGAGCACGGUCAAGCCGUACUUUGCACCAUUCACCAGCCUAGCGCCAUCCUCUUUCAAGAAUUCGACCAACUUCUCUUUUUGGCCCGAGGUGGAAAGACAGUCUACUUCGGCCCAAUCGGUGAACAAUCCCGUACGCUUCUGGAUUACUUUGAGCAUCAUGGUGCUCGUGCGUGCGGAGAUAGCGAGAACCCUGCUGAGUAUAUGCUUGACGUUGUGAACGCUGGUUGCAACCCUCAAGGUGAAAACUGGUUUGAUGUGUGGAAGGGAAGCAAGGAGAGCCAGGAAGUCCAAGUUGAACUUGAUCGCAUUCAUAAGGAGCAACAGGAGAAAGUGCCUGUUGAGAAUUCACCUGAAGGUCUCACUGAGUUUGCCAUGCCGUUCUGGUUCCAAUUAUACCAGGUUACCUACCGAGUUUUCCAGCAAUACUGGCGUAUGCCUUCUUACAUCAUCUCUAAGUGGGGAUUGGGUAUUGCUGCUGGUUUGUUCAUUGGUUUCUCCUUCUACCAAGCCAAGACAUCCCUGCAGGGAAUGCAGACAAUUAUCUACUCAGUGUUCAUGCUAUGCACUAUCUUCACCUCGCUUGUUCAACAGUUGAUGCCUCUAUUUGUUGCUCAAAGAUCGCUUUAUGAGGUCCGCGAGCGCCCUAGCAAAGCAUACUCCUGGAAAGCCUUCCUAAUAGCCCAAGUCAUCGUGGAAAUCCCCUACAUGAUUAUAACCGGUCUACUCAUCUUUGGUUGCUACUUCUACGCAGUUGUUGGCAUUCCAAGCUCCCUUACCCAAGGCACCGUUCUCCUCCUCUGUAUCCAAUUCUUUAUCUAUGCCGGCACAUUCGGACAAAUGGCCAUAGCCGCUCUCCCUGAUGCCCAAACCGCCAGUGCAAUCGUCGUCCUGCUCUUCGCCAUGUCACUCACAUUUUGUGGUGUGAUGCAACCCCCACAGGACCUUCCUGGAUUCUGGAUCUUCAUGUACCGCGUCUCACCAUUCACCUAUUGGACCAGCGCUAUGGCUAGUACUCAAGUUCACGGGCGCCAGGUCGUCUGUUCCAACGAUGAGCUCUCCAUUUUCGACCCUCCCUCUGGCCAGACUUGCUGGGAGUAUCUGAAGGAGUACGCUAAUGCCGCUGGAGGUCAGGUGCUUAACAAGGCCGCGACUUCUAGUUGCGAAUACUGCCCCGUCACUGUUGCUGAUCAGUAUGUUGCCCAGUCGGGUAUUCACUACAGUCAGCGCUGGAGAAACUAUGGGCUGGUCUGGGCUUACAUUGUUUUCAAUAUUUUCAUUGCCGUCAUGACCUACUACCUCUUCCGGGUCAAGCGUUGGAACGUGGAAGGCAUCAAAAAGAGCUUUACGCGUUUCAUUCCCUCAAAGAAGUCAAGUGGUUGA